AUGAAAAAGACACUUCCCCAUGUGUUCCUGACGGCUAGUAAAUAAGGACUGAAACACAGUCACAAUGAGUAUAGACGAUGACACCCAAUGGCUUGAGUGGGUAACGAAGCAGUUUGAAAGCAUCGCUGGGGAAGAUAAAGAAAUUGACUUGGAAGAAUUCAAAACUGCUCUGAAAGUGAAAGAGUCCUUCUUCGCUGAGAGGUUCUUUGCAUUGUUUGAUUCUGACGGGAGUGGAACCAUUAGUUUAGAUGAGUUACUCAAAGCCUUGAACCUUCUCAUACAUGGAGACGAAACGGACAAGCUAAGAUUCCUCUUCCAGGUUUACGAUGUAGAUGGCAGUGGUUCCAUUGACCCAGAUGAACUGCGCACAGUCCUGAAAUCAUGUCUGAAGGAGAGCGCAAUAUCCUUGCCAGAGGAGAAACUGGAUGACCUCACGCUGGCUCUUUUUGAGUCAGCCGACAAAGACAACAGUGGCUCCAUCACUUUUGAGGAACUCAGGGAGGAACUCGAACGCUUUCCAGAGGUCAUGGAGAACUUAACCAUAAGUGCCGCGAACUGGCUAAAGCCCCCGACAGCCGAACGGAAGAGCCACACGCCGCGCUACUUAACCCCAGCCUACUGGCACAACAACAGGAGCAAACUGCUCUUCAUGGGUGGCUACCUGUGCCUGAAUACCCUCCUCUUCACCUUGGCUGCUCUGCGGCACGCGCCUCUCGGGGGCUGGGUCAUGGUGGCGAAAGGCUGCGGGCAGUGUCUGAACUUCAACUGCACGUUCCUUGGGGUGCUCAUGCUGCGCCGUUGCCUGACGUGGUUGCGAGCUACCUGGGUUGCGAAAGUUUUCCCACUAGACCAAAACGUCAUCUUCCACCAGCUCGUGGGGUAUGUGGUGGGGGCGCUCUCAGCAGUUCACACCGGAGCACAUGUGGGGAACUUUGUCAGGCUGACGCAGAUCCGAGAUCGCCCCGCGCUUUGGGAAUAUCUGUUCACCACUCGGCCCGGGAUUGGCUGGGUUCACGGGAGCGCCUCCAUCACUGGGAUUGCGCUGCAGCUGCUCAUCUGCGUGAUGCUCGUGUGCUCCAGCACCUUUGUCCGGAAGAGCGGCCAUUUUGAGGUCUUCUACUGGACUCAUCUGUCCUACAUCUCCAUCUGGGCUUUGUUAGUCCUUCAUGGGCCUAAUUUUUGGAAGUGGUUUGUGGUUCCUGGAUUUCUGUUCGUGGUGGAGAAGACAAUUGGCAUUGCUGUGUCACGCAUCGGGGGGCUGUACAUUGUGGAAAUCAACCUCCUGCCAUCAAAGGUGACUCAUCUUGUGAUUAAGAGACCACAGUUUUUCCACUACAAGCCUGGAGACUACGUUUACCUGAAUAUCCCAGCGAUUGCCAAGUACGAGUGGCAUCCUUUCACCAUUAGCAGCGCUCCUGAACAACAAGAUACCAUCUGGCUGCAUAUAAGAUCACGAGGACAAUGGACCAACAGACUCUAUGAAUAUGUCAGGUGGCUUGAACCACUCAGUCAGGAGCCCAGACAGCUAAUGAGAAAUCUAAGAAAGCAGAGGUACCACAAAUGGACCCAGGGACAUCUUUUCCGCUCAUCCGGUUCGGAGGCGUCCAUAGCCACCAGUAAGGAUGAAACAAUUGAACUGACAUCUUACAAAGCCGCCAGGUACCCUGACCCUGAACCUGCUGACAUCACCGUCACCAGAAGGGAUGAAGAAGAGAGCCUACACGCCAGAGAAGUUUCUGCCAAGCUGAGUGAGAAUCACAGAGUUUGUAAUAUCAAGUGCUAUAUUGACGGCCCCUAUGGGACACCUACGCGAAGGAUCUUCACCUCGGAACAUGCUGUGCUGGUAGGCGCUGGAAUCGGCAUUACUCCCUUUGCCUCUAUCUUGCAGAGCAUCAUGUACAGGUAUUGCAUGAGAAAACCAAACAAUCCCCGCUGUGGCUAUUCAUGGGGUGAGAGCCUCAAGGAUGAUGAAAUGAAGCUUAGGAAGGUUGACUUCAUCUGGAUCAACCGAGACCAGAAGUCCUUUGAGUGGUUUGUCAGCCUGCUCACUAAGCUGGAAAUGGACCAGGCGGAUGAGGAACCGGAAGGCCGUUUUCUAGAGAUGCACAUGUACAUGACUGCAGCGCUUAGUAAGAACGACAUGAAGGCUAUUGGUCUGCAGAUGGCUUUAGAUCUGCUGGCUAAGAAGGAAAAGAAAGACUCUAUCACAGGACUCAGGACCAGAACCCAACCAGGUCGCCCCGACUGGAGCAAGGUGUUCCACAAGAUGGCAGAGGAAAAUAAAGGGAAAGUCCAAGUCUUCUUCUGCGGGUCUCCAGCUCUUGCCAAGGUAGUCAAGGCUCACUGUGAACACUUCAACUUCAGAUUUUUCAAAGAAAAUUUUUAAUAAUCUCUUUCUGUCUGUCGCUGCCUUUCUCCAUAGCCUGGAGAGAGGUGUUUAGCAUUCCCUUCCUGCAGGUGAUUUAAAGUGUAGUGUAGGUGUUUGCUUCUGUAAUUGCUGGCGCAUGCAUCAUACUUACAAGAGAGCUUUCUUUACCUUCCUCUCUGAUUGUAUGUGGGGAAAUGUACUGUGUUUGCCCAAAGCGUGGUCUAAACAUGCUCCAUAAAUAAAGCAUGUUUGUGUUCAGCCGAA